AUGGCCCCUGCGACGGCCCCUAUGAGGGGAGGCCCGGUUAUCGGGAAACCCCGCGCAGGGACGUCGCAGGUGGGCGGCAAGGGAGCGGAUGGUAAGGGGCUCAAAAGGACUCGACCAUCCGUCUCUCCAAACACUCAGCCUUGCGCUAAGAAAAGGCAAAGGAUCUCUCCUUCGCCAAAAAGCUUCAGUGAGGCGCUGACGGCGGAGAGAAGGCUGGCAAUCGCGCCGGCCAACUACCCGGAGUCGACCCUCACUGAGGCGCAGGCUUCCGCCAUCGAACAGGAGAUCGUGGGAGCGUUGUGUGGGCUCAAAAAAGGGGAGACCAUGCCGCACUUCGACGAGUGCCGGUUCGGAGGGGGCCUGCUCCUUGUGACCUGCGCGCACACCGGAGCGGUGGAAUGGCUGAGGGCCACUGCCACCAGUAUCAGGCCUUGGGAGGGGGCGGACCUCCAGGUGAUGGAUAGCCAUCGCCUCCCAAGGCUUAAAAGGAUGUUCACGGUCAUCCCCGGCCCUCCGGUGGCGACGGAGGCCAUAUUAAGAAUGAUGGAGGGUCAGAACCCAGGGGUCCGCACUAACCUGUGGAGAGUGUGGAGCAGGAAAGAAGGACCGAACUUGGUGACUCUCGUCCCGGGGGUUGACCCUGUGUCGCACGGCCUCAUCAAGCGGCAGGGUUCUGAGGUCCACGUGGGACUGCGGAGGGCACUCUUUAGAGAGGGACCUGCCGGGACCACGGAGGACAAGAAGAACCCUGACACAUUCGGCGGGAAUAAACCGGGACUAGCAGCCCCGGUGGUGGAGGAAGGAAAGGUGGGGGGUGAGCGGUGUGGACAAGGGUGA